AUGUCAUCCAAACCAGGGGCCACACUCGUGGCCUUGGUCUUGGCUGUCGUGGUCGCGCUUCUAGUCGCGCCUGCCGUUGCCGUGAACAUUACACUCGAGGAAGGUGUUCUCUCGGAGCCAUAUGAGAUCGAUCUCAACGUCUCAGCGCCCGCACAGGGCGUAACGGUGUCUACGAUUGGCACCGCCACCGUUGCAACGCCAGAUGACUCAGCAGCCGGUGUUCCAGCAUUCUUCCCGGAUAAGCCUUGGGUGGAGCAAGGACUGGAGGCUGAGAAUGUCGCUAUCCUCCCAAACAACGAUCUGGUCCUCUAUGGCGAGGGCUAUGUGACUUUUGCCUCAUCAGAGGGGAGCACAACCAGUUUCGUCGUGUCCGAGCCGGUAGACGCCUGCGUGGCCACCUGGGGCUCCAUCACCUACGUGGCAGUCGCCAACUACCGUGCAGGGAGCAAUUAUCGCAUUUCAUCUCCCAUCUUUGCCAACAACGGUGCCGGAUGGACACAGGUGGAUGCCGUUGAGACGCUGGGCGGUCAGGGUUGUGCCUUCAAUGUCCUGGAUGAUGCCCUGCUGCUUGCGUUUGCCAAUAGUCACGACAGCAGCUUUACCACCUCGAUACAGUCGUUUGUAUAUGUGCUCCAAGACGGCAGUUUUCAGCUCCGGGAUACGGCGGCCACCAUUGGUGCUCAAAGUGUUGCACCAGUUACUGCCGGCGACGCUGUUGGGUUUGUGUUUGGCAAUGUCUAUGAUUCAGAGAGCCAAAGCUCCAGCGUGGCCUCUCACCUGUGGCUAUACGAUUCAAACCAGCUACUCGAAUCUGGCGCAAGUUUGACUGUGGGUGCUACCCAUGACGUCUCUUCAGUUACUUGCCUAAACAAUCAAAGCUUUGUAGCCGUGGCGCUUCAGGCAACGGGGAGCUUUACGUCCUCCGUGGCCGUCUUCUCCAUCAGCCCCGCCGGUGCCGCGCAGACGCUCAGCGUUGUGGCAACCACUUAUGCUGCCCGGGACGUGACACUCUUUUGUGACGCGCAGUUGUCACUCCUCAUCUCUCAGUCGGAGGUUGACGGCAGCGAGGCGGCUUCCGCUUGGUAUGACUGGAGUGUGGCGCGAGGCAGUUUUGUGGCGGCCUCUCGUUCCCUGCCUGCGGCUCAAUCUGUGGAUAUGAACCAAGCUGGGCACAUCGCGUUGGUGGAUCGUUUGGCCUCGUCACGCGUGAUCGUCUACGACAUGGUCCGCUACUCCGUGGCCGAUGUGAUCAUUCACUUUGCAAACAGUCAGCUGUACCUCGACGUGGAGGACGACGACGAAGACGAGCAAUCAGAGUCCCUCGUCAUCACUUUGGCUGGUGCCAGCCCCGCUGAAAUUUACCUUACCUUGCUGGACAAUGACGUGACCCUGUUCACAGUUGAAACGUUGGCCCUCAACGUCUCCGAGGAUGUUGCCAAUGGCACGAUUGUUUAUACCUCUUUGUCAAAUUUGGUCAACUCUUCUGGCACUGUGCAGUUUCAGCUUGAGGACACCACACGUACUUUCGCGAUUCUUGGCGACGAUCUGAUCCUCACUCAGACGCUUGAUCGCGAAACGAUUGACAGCUACUUGGUGCGCUUGGAGGCCAGUCAGGCUGGCGUUGACGGUGUCGAUGCCCUUAUCAUCGAGGUUUCGGUCCUCGACGUCAACGACAAUGCUCCUGCCUACAGCCAAAGUGCCUACUACCUCUUUUUCAACGAGAACAGCUCCGUCGGCACCAGCCUGGCCAUGCUACCAGCAACAGACGCAGACUUGCACGCGGCCCUCGUUUAUAGCCUCAGCAGCAGUUCCCAAUUUGCAUUGGACAGCUUGACGGCCAACCUUACCUCGCUGGUCGUAUUCGAUGCCGACCCCGUGGCGCUAUCCCCAAUCAGCCUGCAGAUGACAGCCUCAGAUGGCACCUUCUCUUCAAGCGCCGCCGUAACCGUUGUCAUCUUGGAUGUCAACGACAAUGCUCCGGUUUUUGACCAGGUGCAGUACCAAGUGACUGUUCCCGAAAGCACAGCCACAGGCACGCAGCUUGCCCGAGUUCAAGCUACCGACGCCGAUCGCGCCCUUGUGAAUCGCCAGCUUAAGUAUACCUUGCUCAACGCUACUGACAUUGUGCGCGUUGCCGCUAGCACGGGCGCCAUCACUCUCAUCGGGGCUCUUGACUACGAGUCUCAAACAAGCUUCGUGGUUGCAGUGCAGGCCAGCGAUAGUGCAGCGACCCCGCAGCGCACCACAGUUUAUUUUCGCCUCCUCGUGUCGGAUGUCAACGACAACGGGCCUAGGUUCUCUGCCCUUUCUGCUAACUUCUCCUUCCCAGAAUCCACAACUGUUGGCACGACAGUGUUUACCACUUCAGCCGCGGACCCAGACACGGUUGGGCCACGCCCCACCUACUCAUCUAACAACCUACCAGCUUUCUUCAGCCUCAACUCCCAAUCGGGGGCCUUGGUACUGAGCAUCGCCGUUGACUAUGAGACUGCAGCUGCCUCCUACGCCUUUGAGAUUGUGGCCACCGAUGCCGAUAACGGUCUCACGGCCACGCAAAGCAUUCAGGUUCAGCUGCUUGAUGUCAACGACAAUGCCCCCGAGUUUGUGGGCAGCACCACAGAGUUUGAUGUUCUUGAAAGUGCCAGCGUCGAAACCGUUAUAGCUCGCAUCGAGGUCCGAGACGCCGACUCGGGCGCCAACGGCAACGUCACGCUGAGCAUUGACGCUACCUUUUCCGACGCGGUAGUGGUCAUUCACCCAACAACCGGCGUUGUAUCGCUGACCAGUAGUUUGGACUAUGAGCAGGAUCAAGAAUACUUUUUCCGCGUCCUGGCUCGUGAUGCCGGCUCGCCGCAGCAAGAAACAAUUCGGGAUUUUCGCAUCAACGUACUGGACGUCAACGAUAACACUCCUGUCGCCGACGAUCUGGCUAUUAGUGUGUGGGAAAAUGCCACUGUGGGCUCUGUCCUUGCAUGGAUUGAUGCUCGUGACGCUGAUUUGACGCCUGCCUUCCGCAACAUCAGUUUCACCACAAACAGUCCCGUCGUCUCGAUUGACAGCGAGGGGCGCGUCAUCCUUGAAGAAGCACUGGACUACGAGGCCGACACCUUUUACGAGGUGACAGUUUUCCUUUCUGAUGGACGGUUUGUGUCCUCCAUGCUCCUCUCACUCACCGUACUCGACGUCAACGACAACCGGCCCAUUUUUGACGGUCUCCCUUCUUCCAUCACGCUUGCUGAAGAUCUGGUGACCGGCACGAGCGUGCUGACGGUGACCGCUCUAGACCUCGACUCGGGGGUCAACGCUGCGCUGCGUUAUACCCUCGCCAGCGAUGAGAGCUUCUUGACUAUUGGCAGUGUUUCGGGCAUUUUGACGCUCGACUCAGCUCUCGAUUUCGAGUCGUUGUCGAGCUUCAGCGUCAACGUGACCGUCACCGACAUGGGCUCGCCGGCCUUGUCCACUACGGCCAUACUGCAGGUCAUGGUGUUGGAUGUCAACGAUAACAGCCCGGUUUUUCCCAAUCAAACCCUGUCUGAGACCGUGGAUGAAAACACUGCGGGUAGCAUUGCCUUCAGUGGUGCCACCGAUGCCGAUGCCGGUGACAACGGCGCCGUCACAUACGCCUUGGUAAAUGACUUUGGGGGUCUAUUUUCCUUGAGUGGUACGUCGUUGACACAUGCGCAAUUGGAUGCUGAGGUAGCCACGGAGUAUUCCGUGGUGGUGCGUGCUACCGAUGGCGGCACCCCGGCUCUCUCGAGCGAUCUGGUCCUGGUCAUCUCCGUGCAGGAUUUGAACGACGAAGCUCCUAUCAUUGCUGCACCGAGUGUCCUGCAGUUCUCAGUGCGAGAGGACGAUGUUUUCCCCACAAACCUCUCAACGCUGACCAUCAGUGAUGCCGAUGUGACCGCUAGUAACCGUGAGAGUGAGCUUGAGGUGUCUGAGAAUUGCGCGGCCUUUGUGGAGGUGCAGGACACCUUGUUGAUUUUGCGCACAAUUCCCGAUGAAACGCCACAACUGCAGUGUAGCGUCACCACACGCAACCUCAAUGAUCCUGCAAUGGCAACCACUUCGCCGCUGACCAUCAACAUUGAGUUGCUCAACAAAUAUACUCCUGUCUUCGUCAACUUGACGGACACCAUGACCGUGCUGGAGAACCAAGCUGUUGGUACGGUGGUGGGCCAAGUCUGGGUUGAGGAUGCCGACUUGGACGAGAACGGUGCCAUCACAUUUGCACUUUUGAACGCCACCAGCUUCUUCUCCAUCGCCAAGGGCGCUCGCGUGGGUAACACAACCAGCGCGACUCUGUACAGCCAGUAUCGCUUUGAUCGCGAGGCGCAGGCAACUUAUCUUGUGGCGCUCCGCGCAAGCGACGGUGGAGCCGACACCAAGUCGGCCACCGUGACCAUCACCGUACAGAUUGGCGAUCUCAAUGACAAUCCACCGCAAUUCGACCAGGGCUCAUACUCUGUAUCAGUGUCCGAAGCAUUGUCUGUGGGAACUACCGUAUUGCAGCUCACUGCAUCCGAUGCCGACGUGGGGGAGAAUGCGGCCUUCUUUUUUGAGCGCGUGUCCGGCUCCGCUUCUUUCAACACAACUCUUGCUGGGGCCAUUCAGGUCAUUGCACCUCUGGAUUAUGAGACGCAAACCUUUCACACCCUGACAGUGGCCGUGCUGGACGAAUCAGGCAGCGGCGCUCUUCGCACGGUUCAGAUCUACAUUGUUGAUGAGAACGAUAACAGCCCUGUCUUUGGAGCUCUUUCCAAAGUUGUCAUUACCGAAGCAACUAGUCCAGGAACGUCCAUCGAGCAGGUGUUUGCCACGGACGCCGACAGCGGCAUGAAUGCCGCCCUGACCUACUCCAUUGUCAGCGUCGUGCCAUCUGUUACCGGCGAGACACCUUCAAGCCAGCUCUUUGCCAUGGCACCAACCACUGGCGUGGUGACCACGACGGCGCCGUUGGAUUUCGAAAAAGUCAAAGCUUACAACAUCACCGUGCAAGCGACCGAUGCUGGUGUACCUCCACGCGCCACAACAAGCGUGUUCACUGUGGAGUUGACCGAUGUCAACGACAAUGCACCUGCAUUGAGCGCCGGCUUUGCGCUGGCCUACAACGUGUCCGAGGAUAGUGCUGUGGGCUUGACCCUCUUUGCUGCCAUGCCGGUGACGGAUGCUGAUUCGGGGCUCAAUGCUGCCCUUUCGUUUACCCUCAGCUCACCCUACUUUGCCAUCAAUGCCUCGACGGGUGGAGUGACGCUUGCAGCUCCCAUCGACUAUGAGCAGGUGCAGGCUUUGGCUCUCAAUGUUUUGGUGACAGAUGGUGGCGUGCCAACAAGAACACUGCCCGUCAGCCUUGCCAUCACCGUCCUGGACGUCAAUGACAACGCGCCCAUGGCAUCAAACGCCAGUUUCAGCGUGCGCGAGGAUGCCUCUGUCAACGCGGUGCUGGGUACUGUCUCGGUGUCAGAUGCGGACACUGGGUCUAAUUUUGUCUUCGUGGUUCCACCUAGCGUUCCGGUGAUUAUUGCUGGUGAUGGAACAGUCACGUUGUCAGAGCCGCUGGAUCGCGAACAAGUGGCGUCGUAUGAUGUGCUUGUCACAGUGUACGAUCAGCCGGCUGCUCCUCGCAACAGUGCCCAGUUUCGACUUGUGGUGACGGUGACAGACGUGAAUGACAACGUGCCGGCGUUUGACUCUUCCUAUCUUGCGGUGAAUGUGACCGAGUCGAGCAACAGCAUUACAGUGUUGGGCCCUUACUUGGCGACCGAUCCUGAUGUAGACAAUGCCAUCGUCUACAAUCUUGUGCAAGAUGGCGUCGUGGCCACCCGCAACGCGACGGGCCACCUGCUAUUGGAUCCUUUGGAUCGCGAGACUGUGAGUGCCUUUAAUCUUACUCUCGUGGCGUUUAACCCGGAUAAGCCAGCCAGCCAGGGCCGACUGGUUAUUGCCGUGACUGUGACAGACAUCAAUGACAACGUGCCUGAGAUCCCUGCAGCCCAGCUCACCAAUAUUAACGUCAUUGAGGAGAACACGACUGGUGUUUUACGCACCUUUGCUCCUGUCGAUGCGGAUGAAGGAAUCAACGCUGUCAUUACCCUCUCUCUGGCAAAUGAUUACGACGGUCGCUUCGUGCUCUCCCCAACCUACGAGCUCUCGCUGACGCAGCAACUUGACCGCGAGGCCUUUCCCAACGGCAUCGACUUGGUCAUUACUGUCCAAGACGCCGGCACCCCUAGCCUCAACAGCUCAGCCAGUGUGCAUGUCAACAUUAUUGACGUGUCAGAUAAUGCCCCCGUUUUUGCCAACAACACAUAUACGUUUUCUCUGCCUGAAGGUACCUAUGCCACCUCAAGCGUGGUGGGUCAAGUGACAGCCACAAGCUCGGAUUCGGGCGCCAACGCCGACGUGGCCUAUAGUGUUUCACCCACCACCCGGUUUCGCAUCAAUGCCUCUACAGGUGUCAUCUCUACCCAGCCAAACAUGACCUUUGAUCGUGAAACAAUCGCAAGCCAUACGCUGACCGUCUCGGCCGUUUCGGGCCCUGAGAACAAGCCUCUGGUCGCUCAAGUGGCUGUGACGGUUGCAAUUGCUGAUAUCAACGACAACACGCCGGUUUUAAUGGCGGCCCCAGCAUCAUUGACGCUUUCAGAGGCCACGGCAGUUGGCACGACGCUGCAUACGUUUGAGGCUACAGACGCCGAUGCGGGCGUCAACGCAGCCUUGACCUGGAGCCUGCAAGAUACAAACAACGGGCGUUUUAGUAUCAACGAGAACGGCGAACUGAAACUCGAGCGUGCCUUUGACUUUGAAGCGCAGCCCUAUCAUCAGCUAACAGUCGUAGUAACGGACGGCGGUAUUCCGGCUCGAUCGGCCUCUACGAACAUGCUGAUCAUUCUGACUGAUGCCAAUGAUGAGACACCUCAAUUACAGCGGUGCAAGUGCCUCAGCGCUGAUCAGACCAAUGGUGCCGUUGCCGUUUCAAAUACCGGUGUGAUCACCCUGGCCAAGGCCCUGGACCGCGAGACCAUGGCUGUUUUGCGCUUUGAUGUUCUUGUCACCGAUACAGGUGAGCCGCCUUUGAGCAACAGCACGAGCAUCAUGAUCACCGUUAGUGACGUGAAUGACAACGCGCCGGCUUUUGCUGACAGUGACAUCAGCAUCGGUGUGGCCGAGGAUGAGGCCAUCGGUUUUGCCCUCGUGCAGCUCGUGGCCACAGACGCCGACAGUGGUAUAAACGCUGCCGUGACCCUCUCUGUGGAUGCUGUGUCUGCCGAGCGCUUUCACAUUGAUAAUGAUGGAUACCUGCGCUUGUCGCAGCGACUGGACUAUGAGGUGCGACGGGCUUACAACGUGACCAUUACGGCCACUGAUGGCGGGUUCCCCGCUCUUUCCAGUACCGCCCUUGUGCGCGUUCAUGUUACCGAUGUGGACGACAACGCAGCAGUUAUUGUUGAUCCCGGCGUGGCGAUCAUGGCUGAGGACGCACCUGUGCAGGCUACCGUUGCAAUCCUGCACUUUACCGAUGCAGAUACCGGGAUCAACGCGCAAGGAACUUGGAGCAUCACGGCGCAGACCUCAGCGGGCCAGUUUGGUAUCAACGCUUCAUCGGGUCGCCUCGUCCUUUUGAAAGCGCUUGAUUUUGAGAUGCUGCAGGAGCACGAGGUGUCCGUGCAGGUCACGAAUCAAGCAACGGGACUGGCCUCCAGCGUGUUCGUGGUCGAGGUCGAUGUCACAGACGUCAAUGAUAAUGCGCCUAUUUGUAGCGAGAGUAGCUAUGCCUUUAGCAUCCCCGAAAACGUGGCAAAUGGUGUGGUCGGGGUGAUUACGGCGACUGAUGCCGACAGCUUGGGUCUAAGCAACGCUUCCUUCGUGCUCAACAGCUCUGCUUUUACCGUGGACAGCGAGGGAGUUGUGCGCACCGCCAUGGCAUUGGAUGCGGAUAACGCCAGCUCGCAGUACUUUUCGCUUUCCGUUAUCAUCACAGACCACCAAUAUCCCGGUCCCCUUAGCAGCGUGCCGUGCCCAGUGGAGAUUACCGUGGUUGACGUUAACGACAACGCUCCCCUUUACACGAGCAGCCUGUCGUUUGUUGUAGCUGAGAGCGCAGAGACUGGCGCUGUGCUAGGCCCGCUCAUCUUCACCGAUGCUGAUUCUGGUAACAACGGGGUUGUCAAUGUGCAGCUGAACAAUUCGCACUUUGCCGUGUCUAAUAAUCAGUUGGUCUUGCAAGCUGCUCUCGACUACGAAAUUGUCACAUCGCUGGCUGUUGCCGUUCAGGCAACCGAUGAAGGGUCACCUGCGCAGAGUACGACCGUAGUGGUCUUGGUGACAGUCACGGACGUCAAUGACAACGCCCCCCGGUUUGCAAAAGCCGAGUACACGGCAACUAUCAAUGAGAAUGUUGCUUCGGCCGAAGUGGCGACGCUUGUGGUGAUGGAUGCCGACAAUGAACCCUAUGCAGCCAGCCACAUCUUCCUCAACGACUCGAAUACACAGUGCGAGCAGUAUUUGACCGUCAACUCCACAAGUGGAGCAGUGGCCUUGGUGGCUCCACUGGAUUACGAGGUUAUUCAAGAACUGAGCUGCACGGUAGCCGUGGUCAAUAUCUUGCCAUUGGUAGGGUCAGCUGCCGCAGAGCCCUGGGCUACCACGUUGGUUCGUGUGAGCGUUGUGGACUUGGACGAUAAUGCACCUGCCUUUACGUCGGUGCCAGACACCGUCACAGUGCCCGAGAAUGUGCCUAGGGGAACCAUUGUGCAUGUUUUUACGGGCGCGGAUGCUGAUGUCUUCCAGUCACCAGCCUUCAGUUUUGUGCUUGCGCUCAACACAGGAGCAGCACCGGUGACGCUGGCCCCUAAUGGCACCCUGUACACUUCAGGAGAUGUGGAUCAUGAGCAGCUGACCGAAGCCCCGCUGAUCAUUCGAAUCCAGGAUGAUAACAAUCCACUCUAUUUUGCCGACGCCAACGUUACGCUCCUGAUCGAGGAUGUAAACGACAAUGCCCCCGUUUUCAACAACGCUAACACGCUCGACGUGCUGGAGGAGCUUUCAGUGGGCACAACACUAAGUCUGUUGAACGUCACGGAUGCCGAUGCAGGAGCAAACAGUCAAAUCACUUACAGCAUUCUCGAUAGCGGGAGUCGAUUGGGCAUCAACAGCACCACGGGCGAGCUGCGAGUACUGCGGCGUCUGAAUCGGGAGAGUACGGAUGCGCUUGUCAUUAUCGUGACAGCCACGGAUGGUGGUGCUCCACCUCGUUCCACAUCCCAGACCAUCACCAUUCAACUAACAGAUAUUAAUGAUAAUGUCCCAACCUUCCUGAGCCUUGCCUACUAUGAGCAGGUUGGCGAGCUGACGCCGGUGAACACUACGGUUCUACAGGUCGAAGCGGUUGAUGCCGACAUUAAUGACAACGCCGCCAUCGAAUACCUCCUCUUUGGUGCAGCUGGCUCUUACUUUAAUCUAAACUCCACCACCGGUACUCUGGCUGUGCAGCAGUCUCUUUUGCCGCUAGUUGGCACAACAGUCACCCUGGAGAUCAUGGCCCGCCACCCCAUCGUCACCAGCAGUCGCUCGGCUCGGAACGCCACAGUUGUUAUUCAAAUUCUAAAUGAGAAUGAGAACGCUCCCGUAUUUCAAAGCAGCGCGGAUAUCAGCGUGCUGGAGAACGUGACGACGGGCACGGUCAUUGGGCAAAUGGUUGCCACAGAUGCAGAUGAGGGUGCAAAUGGCGAGGUCCGCUACAGCUUGACUCAGGGUGGUUCGUUCGUGAGCAUUGACGCGAUCACGGGUGUCUUGACUUUGCGAUCGGGUCUGGACUACGAAACGCGACAGCGGGUUGAAGUGACUGUUGUGGCUCGCGAUCAAGGCGCCAUAUUUCAGUCGUCUAGCGUCACCUUCGCUCUCAUUAUUGUUGACGUCAACGACAACGGCCCUCAAUUUGCAGGUACCACGGCCACUUUUAGUGUGCUGGAAAACACACGUGCUACCUUUAUGGGCUUGCAGGUUACGGACGCCGAUUCGGUUCCCGACUUUUCCUUGGCCAUUGUGGACGACAUCACGGGUGUGUUUGCUAUUCUACCCAACGCCACCAUCACGAUGAGCGAUUCCUUGGAUCGGGAAGUCGUUGCCACUGUUGUUUUCAGGGCCGUUGCUACAGAUUCCUUGGGGCGCACAUCUCAAGUAACCGUGACGGUGACUGUUCUGGAUGAGAACGACAAUGCGCCCACGUUCCCACAAGCCGUUGUGAACAGCACCGUUCGUGAAGGUGAUACUUUGCCUAGCUUAGGAUACGUGACUGCCACGGAUGCAGACAGCGGCGUUAACGGCCAGCUCACGUACUCAAUUUUGAGCCCCACCUACGGCUUUACCGUCGAUGCUUCGACCGGCCUGGUGACGGGUACCGUCCCAUUGGAUUUUGAGACCCGCCCGCACUUGACGCUCACAAUCGUAGCCACCGACGGUGGUUCCCCAGCCCUAUCCUCCUCCGUGCUUGUCAACGUUCAAGUGCAGGACACAAACGACCACUCGCCCAACUUCAAUGCAUCCUCGAUCACGGUCACAAUUGACGAGAAUGUGGCCUCAGAUACUCUGGUCGUCCAAGUUGUGGCCACCGAUCUGGAUGCCAACAGCAUUUUGACCUACCAGUUGGAUGCCAUUGGCGCUGCUCUCUUCAACAUUGAUGCGAGCUCGGGUGAGAUUUUCACUGACGCUCCUCUUGAUUACGAGGAGCGCCAGCAAGUGAUCAUGGUGGUGACCGCAUAUGACGAGGAUUCCAGGAGUGAUAGCAUCACGGUCGUGUUGAACAUUCGUGACCUGAAUGACAACGUCCCCGUCUUUUCCCCGUCUUCUUACUCCACCACCGUGGUUGAAACCCUCCAGAGCGACUACUUGGUCGCUGUCGUCAGCGCAACCGACGCAGACUCGGGCAUGUACGGCACAGCAGGGUUGCAGUAUUCCAUCGUGCCGUCGUCCGGUUCGCACCUGUUCUAUCUUGUGGGCAACUACCUGUAUCUGCGCGAUAAUGUCGAUCGUGAGGUCUAUCCCAUUCUUAACAUCAUGGUCCAGGCGCGGGAUGGCGGAAAUCUGACGGCCACUGCCUCAGUGACAGUCAGCAUGAUCGACCUGAAUGACAACCCGCCGUCCUUCCCCAAUCCCAACAUUUCUCUCGGUAUUAUGGAGAAUCGACCCGUGGGCAGCUUUGUGGGGUUGGCCAACGCCAGCGAUCCUGAUGAGGGUGUCAAUGCUUUGAUUCGUUACGAGAUGACUGGGGCGGAUGCCGGGCUCUUUGCCAUCAACACCAGCACCGGCGCCAUCACCACUGCCGCCGUCUUUGAUCGUGAGGCUCGAGAACAUUACCAGGUCAUUGUGACGGCUCGUGAUGCUGGCAAUCUUGCCUCGGUCUUUUUUGACACAGCCACGGUCGAGAUCACCAUUCUUGAUGAAAAUGACAACGCGCCUCAGAUUGAGCAGGUACCGACUGCCUUUACAGUACGCGAGGAUGCGGCCGUGAAUACGACGUUGUUUGGCGUCGUUGCUUCAGACAGAGAUACUGGUGCCAAUGCAGCCUUGCGCUUUGAGCUGUGGAACUGCGCGCCUGCCACCUUGAUGACAUGUCCGUUUGGCUUCAGUGGCCAGCAACUGUUACUCAUUGCCCCGGUCGACCGUGAGACCAUUGAUCGAUACAAUCUUACCGUGGCUGUCCUGGACGCUGCAGCCGACGCCGGACCCCUCAACGACACGGCCUCCGUAACGGUAGUUAUCGGCGACGUCAACGAUAAUAGUCCCAUCUUCGUGCAAGGCGUUUACAACUUUUCUGUGGCCGAGAAUACAGCACCGGGUGUGAUUGGCAAUGUUGCAGCCACUGACGCGGACCUGGGGAUCAAUGCUCUCAUCCGAUAUGAAAGCGCAAACGCCAGCAUCGCCAGCGUCGGCAGUGACGGGACAGUGUACCUGGUUGGUCAUUUGGACUACGAGCAAGCGGUAGAAGUUAGCUUCUACGUGUGGGCCUUUGAUUCGGGCAACCUUAGCGGGUCAACACUAGUCCACAUCAUGGUUCAGGACGUGAACGACAACGCGCCAGUCUUUAGCGUACCUCGCAUUGAUAUCGUGUUGCCUGAGAACGAGAAUCGCAGCAGCCUUGCCUCAGUAGUGGUUACGGAUGCUGACUCCGGCUUGAAUCAACAGUUUGACCUCUCAGUCACAGGAGAGGGCGCAGAGUAUGUUGUGAUUGAGCGUGAAAACGCCACGGUCCGUAUUUCCGUUUUGGCCAUUGACCGAGAGGAGUACAGUGCUUUGAACGUCUCUCUCCUGGCAACAGAUCAAGGCACACCCUCGCAAAUGAGCAGCCUACCCAUCAGCAUCACGGUGACUGACGUCAAUGACAACGCUCCAACCGGCCCCGCGACGUUCGAGGCCACUGUUCUUGAAAAUCAGCCCGCAGGCACCAUCGUUGCUCGUGUGCCCUUCACCGACGCCGAUGCGGGCGCCAACGGACUGUUGCAGUUUUACUUGUUCGAUGCAGCCACGGUGGGUAGCAACUUUUUGCUGCAACCCUUGACUGGAGAGAUUGUGACGUCGCGAAUCUUUGAUCGUGAAGUGCAAGGUCGCUAUGAGUUCCGCGUUAUCGCACAAGACUCAGGCACGCCUUCCUUGAGCAGCACCAUGAACGUGACUAUCAUCAUCGGAGAUCUGAACGACAACCGUCCUCGCUUCACUUCUACUGAAUUCACUGCCGCCGUGCCAGAGGACAUCAACGCCACCGUCCCCGCGCUUGUACUGAACGCAACAGACGCAGACAUCGGAGUCAACGCGCUGCUCAACUUUACCCUAUUGUCUAGUGAUUGGGCCGAUCUGUUUGUGGAUGCUGGAACGGGAGCCAUCUUCUUGUCAGCCGACUACGAGACGCAGACUGUGAUUACGGGUACAGUCAAGGUUGAAAAUGUCAAUACCACGGUCAGCACAUAUGACGUGGCAACCUUCACCAUCAAUAUACUGGAUGUUAAUGACGUUGCACCCACCGUGACAGUGCCCACCAAUGUUAGCGUGUACGAGAACACCCUGGAGGCGGUGAUCCUGGGCUCAGUCACAGGUACAGACCCCGAUACUGGCCUCGGAGGAGUCAUCACGUAUUCCACAAACAGCUCCUUCUUUGCCAUCAAUGCGACUACGGGUGUUGUCACAACUAUUCCGAACGCACCACUCGACCGCGAGGCCGCGACUGUCGUGGAGCUGGUGAUCAUUGCCACUGACGGUGUUCACAACACGUCAGCUACCAUCUUCGUCACGGUUUUGGAUCGAAAUGACAACCCGCCUAUCCCCACCGCGUCAGUAUUAUACUUGGAAGCGGCCGAAGACUUUGUUGGCGAGCUUGCCAUCAUCACCGGUACCGAUGCCGACGAGGGCGCCAACGCAGUCAUCUCCUACUAUAUUGCCAACAGCACAGCAAUGGCUCGAUUUGCCAUUGACUCUGUGACAGGAAACCUGACCUGUGCAGAUCUUGAUUAUGAGGAGUCAAUCCGCGAGAUGAUUAUCGUAGGCUUGACGGAUGGCCUCCCAGGUAGCAAUGACUCCUUUGUGACGAUCAACGUGAAUGUCACGGACGUGAACGACGAAGCCCCCGUCUUUGACUCAACCACAUACUACGAUGUUUUUGAGAAUGAGUUCGACGGCGCUGUAGUAGCUCAAGUCGUGGCCUUUGAUCGUGACACGGGCAGCGGUGGUGUCGUGCGGUAUGCAUUGACAGCUGCGGAUAAUUGCACUGCCUUUUUUACCGUUGACCCUGUUACGGGCGUGCUGGAGACAGUCACUCGCCUCGACCGCGAGCGCCAAGAAACAUUCACCUGCGUGGUUUUGGCUGCAGAUCAAGGAAGCCCUUCACUCUCCUCCACGACCACGGUGGACAUUGUCGUCCUUGACCGUAAUGACAACGAGCCCAGCUUUGAGCAGACGGCGUAUGCUUUCGACGUGGCUGAACUCUUUUUGGGGCAAUUUGCUAGUGUCUCUGCCACUGACGCUGAUACUCCUGCCAACACCAACAUUUCAUUUGGCCUGCUUGAGCCAUCGGCUGCAUUUGGUAUCGACCCUCUGUCGGGGUCGCUCUUCACCAAAAUCGCUCUUGACCGAGAGACCCGGGAAAUGUAUGAGCUGACCCUGACCGUCAGCGACGGCCAACUCUCGUCAACGGCCACUGCGCUCAUCACUGUCACGGAUGUCAACGACAAUGGCCCUGUUGUGGCAGGAGGCACCAACGGCGCGGUGACAGAGAAUAUGCCAUUCAACGAAACCGUUUUGCAGCUCAUUGUGACCGACGCAGAUAUUGGCUUAAACGCCGAAGUCAACUACACGCUGCUCGGUAACGUAUCCCUCUUUGAGAUGGACCAUACGGGGCGGCUUUACACCCUUGGCCCGCUCGAUCGAGAGCUCCAGGCCAGCUACUUCCUAUCUGUUUUGGUUCAAAACACGGCGCCUCCUUACUUUUCGACCACUGCCACAGUCAGCGUCACAGUCUUGGACAUUAACGACAACGCACCUAUUUUUGUGGCACCUCCCAUGUCCGUAAGCAUCCCCGAAAAUGCGCCUCUAGGCCUGCUGCCCGUCGAGUUGGAGGUGACGGACAGUGAUGUGGGCACCAACGCUCAGGUGACGCUGUCAGUGUUCGAUCCCAUCGGUAAGAUUGACAUAGAUGCCUCAGGCCAGCUGUUGCUGAUUGGUGAGCUCGACCGUGAGGCCCUGGCAGCGUUUGAGAUUAUGAUCAUGGCCAUUGAUGCGGGCACACCACAGCUGUCAACAAAUAUCACCAUCAUGAUCAACGUCGAGGAUGUCAACGACAACGCGCCCGUAUUCGAGCAGCUAGUUUAUGAAUAUGAUGUGCCCGAAGAUCUGGCUCUUGGUCCCAUGGGCCUGUACGUUCAUGCUACUGAGUCAGAUCUCAAUGAGACGACGACCUAUGCCGUUGAAGACAACAACUACCUUGGCGUGAAUAGCAGUUCAGGUGAACUUAUUCUUCUGGCAGCUUUGGAUCGCGAGAGUUUUGUCGAGCUCUUUGUGCAGGUGUCGGCCACGGAUGUGGUCGGCAACAAUGCAACGGCGCGUGUGGAGCUGACCAUUACUGAUGUUAACGACAACGCACCAGUGUUUGACCUCACCUCGUAUAGCACCAGCAUCAGCGAGGGUCAAACCGGCGCGUUGCUGUCCGUGUCCGCAACAGACGCGGACGAGGGCCUGGCUGGCACUGCAGGAAUUCGCUUCCGCCUGGUGGACAAUCCCAACAACUUGAGUCUAACGGUGGAUGCAACGUCUGGUCUGAUCACCCUGACUGCUGCCAUUGAUUAUGAGGUUCUGCCCAACGCGACCUUCGUCGUUGAGGCCUACAACCUUCUGGAUAGCAGCUUGGCAACCUCCGUUGAGGUUACUGUUGUUGUGCUGGACGUGAAUGACAACGCCCCGGCCUUUACAGAUGGCAUUACCUCUGUAUCUGUGACGGAAAAUGCGCCGCUGAGCACUGUCAUGGCUCAGUUCACUGCCUCGGACGUGGACGUAUCCAGCACCUUGCUUUCCUUUUAUCUUCGAAGCGCUGACGGCGUGUUUGCUGUAGGCGAGGUGACAGGAGUUUUGUCACCGCUCAUCAACCUGGAUCGCGAGACCCGUGCAGCUUACGCCAUCAUCGUUGGGUGCAGCGAUGGCAGCUUCACAGUUGAGAAAACCGUGCAAGUUUCCGUGUUGGACCAAAAUGACAACGAGCCCUUGUUCGUCGGCACAACACCUAGUAAUCUAUCGCUGUCCGAAGGUGCAGCCAUCGGCGACGUGUUCUACACGUUUGCUGCCACAGAUGCGGAUCUCAACAGUAACAUCACAUUUGCUCUGGUUAACACCACACGUGCUGGCGUGUUUGCUGUCUCGCCAGAUGGCGUGCUGUCAUUAGCCAGCUUACUGGACUAUGAGAACUGGACAAUGGCGACCGUCGUGGUGCGCGCCGAUGAUAACGGCGGUCCGGCCGUGACUGUGGGCAGCAACAUGACUGGUGCUGCCCUCACACCUUGCAAGGGUCACUGCACCGAUCACGUCAUUGUCCUGAAUGUCGAGGAUGCCAACGAUAACGCUCCACAGUUUGCUGUCGCAUACCAGGAGAUCACCAUCUCAGAGUCGCUGACGGUGGGCACGCCUGUUGCUCAGGUUAACGCCUCAGAUGCCGACUCGGGCGUAAACGCCGAGGUACGCUUCUCAGUGACAAUGGGGGGCUCCAUUUUUGCCAUUGACGCUGUGAGUGGCGUUCUAUCUGUGAGUGGUACGCUGGAUUUUGAGUCUGAAGAGACGAUUCAGGUACAAAUCAUGGCCACGGACCAAGGCACGCCGGCACUCACGGCCACUGCCACGGUUCUCGUACAGCUGACAGACUUUAAUGACAAUGCACCACGGUUUGUUUCAAAUCUCCCAACCUCUAUCAUGGUGGCGGAGGACACCACUCCGUCCAACCUGGGUGUUUGGGCCGCCUCAGACUUGGAUUCUGGUAUCAACGCAGUGCUCUCCUAUAGUCUUCAGAACGAUUUCAGCGGUCUCUUUGCUCUGCAGAGCACGACCGGACUUUUGAGCCUUGAGCAGUCUUUGGACUACGAGAUGCGUCAGGCAUAUGAUCUUACUAUCAUCGUACAAGACAGCGGCACACCGUCGCUUAGCACGAGCAUGGUCUUGCGCAUCAAUGUUGGCAACGUCAAUGACAACGCCCCGGUUUUUGUGCCGGUGUCGCAAACUUUGGAGGUCGAAGAGAACGCCGAAUUUGUGACUCUCGUGACCGUGCAAGCCACGGACGCCGAUGGCGACGUGCUGCGCUAUCGCCUGCAGCCUACAGAGCACGCCGACGCAUUUGGUUUGCAGGCCACCUCUGGUGUGCUGGUGCUGCGGGACGCUUUGGACUAUGAGGCUGUCCAACAGGUCGACCUUGUGAUCGAGGCAUAUGACACGACGGCUAAUCCCUUGCGCGCCACCUUGAAUUUGACCAUUCAUAUUUUGAACGUGAAUGACAAUGCCCCAGUGUUUUCUCGGCAGCUCUACUCGGUCGACGUUUCAGAAAGCACAGCAAUCGGGACAACCAUCCUCACAACAACAGCCACGGAUCUUGAUGCCAGCGAUACCCUCACAUACACAGUGAGCGGUGCACCUGGUGUCGUGGUCAUCAACUCAACAUCUGGUCAGCUCUCAACAGAGGCUGGGCUGGACUACGAGCAAAUGCAGAGUUACACCUUGACGGUCGUGGCCGAGGAUCAAGGUGGGCUCGUUGGCACAGCAUUGGUCUAUGUCACCGUACUGGACGUCAACGAUAAUCAUCCGCAGUUUGCAUCCUCAGCCUAUGCAGGUGCCGUCCCCGAGAACGCAGCAGCUAAUACUGCCAUUGCCAUGAGCAGCGUGUUUGAGGCAACCGAUGCCGACCUUGAAGUUGGCAACGUGGUCUCGUAUGCCCUUGAAAACUCUUCUGCGCUGUUCCGGAUUGAGGCUGAAACUGGCAUUCUCUACACAACUGCGCCACUGGACGCGGAGGUGCAGCGCGUUUAUUCUCUUUGGGUGCGUGCCAUUGACAAUGGCAGUCCACCCCUCUCGUCGGCCCUUGUGGCGGUUGUCAUCAACGUGACAGACCUCAACGACAAUUCGCCCGUCUUCAUGGACCGCGGCGAAGGCGGUGUGGCAUUCACCCCUGCACAAAAUGGUGUGCGAGCCCAAUACGAAUUGACGACAGCGGAUGACGAUUGCACGGACAACUUUGAGCUAUGCGAUGUCGGUCGCGUGCUCCUGACUGUAGCAGCUAGCGAUCUCGAUGUCGGGACCAAUGCAGACAUCACAUUCACAUUUGCCACUGCAUCGACCACACUGGCUAUUGACGCUAGCUCUGGUGCCAUUUCCCUUACUGCAGGCGUGGAUCGCGAAGUCACGGAGGAACUUGAAGUCGUUGUGGUAGCUACUGAUGGUGGUUCACCCGCGCGGGCGGUUGAGGCCCUUGUGCGCCUUUCGGUGGAAGACCGAAACGACAACAGCCCAGCUUUUCUGCAAGACGCUGUCAACCUGACCUUGGCCGAAAACACACCGGCCAAUUCGGUGCUUGUAACCUUGACAGCCACCGACCCAGAUGAGAGUGGGGCCGCGACAGUGAACUAUUUCUUGGUUGAUGCAAGCAACCGUAUUCAAACGCACGACAGCUUUGUUGUGGGCCAGUCAUCAGGCAUUGUGUCAACCCGGCGCAGCUUGGACUAUGAGACCGACGCACCGACCUAUGAGCUGCGUGUGGCUGCGGUGGAUCAGGACGAGAACCUGGCCGUGGCUAUUGUCCGCGUUGCCUUGCUGGACGUCAAUGACCUUGCUCCCACAAUUUCUUUCGGAGGGGCCACGACCGUUCUCAUCUCCGAGAUUGUUCGCAGCGAGCUUCCUGUCGGAGGCCUUCUCCUUGAGGACGGUGACGGGUCUGACGAAUUUUCCAUGAGCGCAGUGGCUUGGUCAGUAUCACCCACAACGAGCGCCUUUAGCGUGUCCUCCGACUACAUGGCUUCUGGAAGUGUUGUGCCGAUCUACGUGUCUAACCUAGCUUACGUAAGCACGGCAACGAAUACAUACACGCUAACUGCGCGCGCCUCCAAUGUUGGCGGGACACCUUCGUCGGGUUCUGUUGCUCGUCAAUAUCGUGUAGUGCCAUUUAUUGAUGCCGCUGAAACAGAAGAUGCCCGCGCCGUGCGUUUCAAUCUUCAGCGCCCCUCAAUCUGCGACGAGUUCCCGGAGUAUGAUGCUUGCAGUUCAGCGCGACGUCGCCGCAACACGCUCAAUCUCACGCGGGUCGAAGUGUGGAUGCGCCGCAAUUACGACUGUACCCCGGAGCUCUGUUUGGGUCAAGAAGGUGAAACUAUUGCGAUGGAGGAUGGCUACUGCUGGUGUCAAAUUUUUGGUCCCGCCAAUGCCGACUACAAUGCUUCAGCCGACACUUAUGAGUUGGAUGGACUCUUACCCAGCACAUCAUACCAGUUUCAGUUGCGCGAGUACGACGAAGGCAACAAUCUCGUGUAUAGCAGCCGAUCCUACAGCCGCCAGACUCUUGACUUUAAUGUUGAUUCGGAGAGUGUCACCGUGCGCCAGCUAACGUCCCGGCCCAGCUUCAACGUCUCCUGGACGGCACCAAGUGAGCCCAACGGGCAGAUCCUGGGCUAUCGCCUGUGUUACUGCGCACCCAGCAUUCCACGCAGCGAUUGCUCGUGUAGUCUUGACGAUGCCAUGGCCGUCCCAGCCUCAGGGUAUACCGACUUCUCUUGGGUGGUUGUCCCGGAUCAGGGUGAAACCUUGGAGGUUGGUGUCAACUAUUCAUUCGUUGUGCAAACCCGUACUUUGCUUAACAACGAAGUAGUGGCGGUUGAGACGGACCCGAUGGUGCUGAAUACGGUUAAUCAGAACACGUCCUCGACAGGAUCAACAUCCUCCAAUGAAGCCGCGUCCUCUGCACUUAUCGCUGCCAUUGUAGUGGUUGCAGUGUUGGGGCUCUUGAUCCUCGUCUUGGUUGUCAUGUUCUUGCGCCGCAAGGACGCACGCACCGGUACCUCCAACCUGGGGCCCGCUAUUUUCCCCAUGGAGGAUCGCACGCUGGGUGCAAGCACCAAAACGGUGACCAUCGACCUGGAUACUUUGAAGCGAGACAUGCUUCAAGACAGCAUGACCAGCUUGGACCAGACAGGCUUGAGCGCAAGCUCUGGGGCUGCUGUCAACGGCCUUGGUGGAUCACAGUGGAACUACAUGACUCAGGAGCGGGCGGAACAAUUCUGGAGUGCACCCGAUGGAGGCCUCGGGGCCAGUCAGGAGGAGCCCGAGUUGAUGGAAACAAGCAUUCCUCGUCGAUCCUUUGGUCUGAAUACAGUCCGUGUCAUGGCCGACGGUGUGGGCGGAGUGCAGGUACGCAACAGUCCACUCGCGCCGCCCCGAUCAGCGGCCACUCCCAAUGCUGCAUACCACCAACACCUGUCCAUGCUACAUGCGCGUUUUGCUGGGGAGGAGCGUACUCCCACGACGGUCGAUGCCUCUUAUUUGGAAGCCGUUGUUGAGGAGAGACGUGUGAAGAACCAGAUUGAUGCUGAGUUUGAUGCAAUCAAACACGACUCGGAGAGCUCGCCCUUCACGUUCAAGGCGGCCACUGAGACGUACAACGUCAAGAAGAAUCGCUAUGGCAAUGUGUUGCCCAUUGAUGACACUCGCGUCUUGCUGUCGCACACAGGGCAACUCGGAUCAGACUACAUCAAUGCCAACUACAUUCCCAGCUGGACACGCGACAACGCCUUCAUUGCCUCACAGGGGCCAAUUGCCUCGACAGUAGGCGACUUUUGGCGCAUGAUUUGGGAGACAAAUUCCUCCAGCAUCAUCAUGAUGACGCGUGAGGUGGAGGAGGGUCGCCUCAAGUGCUACAAGUACUGGCCCGAGCCGGAAGUACCAAUGCGGGUGGGUGGCUACAGCAUCGUGGCUCUGGACUACACCAAUCUUUCACCCGAGUAUGGCGUGCGCACGUUGCGCCUCAUCGACCUGGAAACCAACGAGGCUCGCAUCAUCAAGCAAUUUGACUACUUUAGCUGGCCUGAUGGCGGAGCCCCACCCACGGCCGUGGGCUUUAUCCGCUUUGUGCUCGACGUGAAGCAGCACAUUGAGGCAGCGCGAUCUGGGAAUGAGGUUGGGCCGCCAGUUGUGCAUUGCAGCGCCGGCAUUGGCCGAACAGGCACCUUUUUAGCCAUGUAUGCUCUCAUGCAGCGGCUGGAGUCACUGGGCAAUGUGGAUGUGGCAGCCACCGUUGCCUACCUGCGCAUGUACCGCGCCGGUCUUGUGCAGACCGUGGUGCAAUAUCGGUUCCUCUACGAGGCCAUUGUCACAUAUUACAAAACAAACCCACAGUUGUACAACAUGACACGGGCUGCCACCGCCGCUGCGCAGCACAACGCUCGUGCCCAGGCCAGUCUCGAUCCCCAGACAGUGUAUGGAGCGUCGGGAGCUACGGCCAACACUUCCUUGUACUCUUCGACGAGUGCAUCGUCCCAGCAGCACGAGCUGCAGACGUUCCAGGCGUCAUCAGACGAUGCCGACGACGACUUUGAGUCUUUGAUUCAAACUUUGAACACAAUUGUCUGA